AUGAAUAUUCGAAAAUUCUCCAUUGACUUACUAUUUUUCAAACGUGCUUAUACGUUGCUUAAAAUAGUCUUCCCAUUUUCACGAUGUCGGGUGGUGCCCAGUUCCUUCUUCAUUGCUGUAUGUGUCAUCGUUGUUUCUAUUGCAGAUCAAGUAGCAACCUAUUUUGUGGGUGUUUUACCGAGUGAAUUUUAUGUUGCUCUUGGUAAUCGAGAUAUUACAACCUUUCGAUUACUUGCUGCUAAGGCAACCUUAAUUAUUUUGUCGAAAGCCUCGACAUUAUCAGCAAUAAAGUAUAUGACAGCACAGCUAUUUUUAAAAUUUCGCGAAACUACUGGAUUUACACUUCACCGGUUGUAUUUUAAGCGACAGGGCUAUUACCGCUUAAAUGUUCUCGAUGAUAAUUUUGACAAUCCUGAUCAGCGCAUGACACAAGAUGUUGAAAAAGCGACAAAAUUGUUGGCACAAGAGUUGUUUGCGCCCAUUUUUAUGGCACCUUUUGUUAUCGGGUAUUAUACUUUCUUGACAUAUGAAAGUUCGGGGUAUCUUGGACCACUAACAAUAUAUGCCUAUUUCACGUUAGCUACUGUAAUCAACCGACUUUUGCUUUCCCCAAUUAUAUUAUUGGUUAAUGAGCAAGAGAAGAAAGAAGGUGAUUUCAGGCUGCGUCAUGUUGAAGUGCGUACAAAUGCCGAAUCGAUCGCAUUCUAUCAAUCAGGACUGAUUGAAAAUAUUAUGACAAAUAAAAAAUUGAAGUCACUGAUUAAAGUGCAAAACAAGCUAGUCGAAUGGCGUUUUGCAUUGAGCUUAGCAACCAGCGCCUUCGAUUACUUUGGUGGAACAUUAAGUUAUUUAAUUAUAUCGAUUCCAAUAUUCUUAACACAUAAUUACGAUGAUUUGUCCGGAAUAGAACUUUCUGGUAUCAUAAGUCGAAAUGCAUUUUAUUACUUGUAUCUCAUCUACAGCUUCACUCGUUUAAAUGCUCUUUCGGAAGUGCUCGGUGAUAUGGCAGGCGUGACCCAUCGAAUAAUUGGAUUAUAUGAAGAGUUGGUAAGGUUACAUAUUGAUAGGCUUGAAACAGAUCGCCCACCAUCCACAGUUCCAUCAUCUGUUGUAAUUAUUGCUUCGGAAGAUCCAGAAAAACAGAAUGUUGUCCCGGAAAGGAAAAUUGAAGAAUUGUAUGGUAAGCAGGGCCACUUAUUUGAACUUGAACCAGACGAUGAAGAGGUUGAAUUUCUUUUGCAACGGGCAGAUGAAAAUCGGGAUAGGGAAGAUCCGGAAUGGCUUGAUGAUGGUAUUGCUAUGACUCUCGAUUCAGUUACUAUCGCGUUUCCAAGUGACUCAUCAGCACCUCUCGUUUCGAAUUUGUCGUUGCAAAUUGUUGAAGGCAAGAAUUUACUAAUAACUGGUGAUGGUAGUGUUGGGAAAACAUCAUUGCUGAGAGUAUUUGCUGGACUUUGGAAAUGUGUAACCGGAAAGCUUGAAAGACAUUGGAAAAUGAGUCCGACGACGUUAUAUUUUGUGCCACAGAAAACAUAUUUCCCUAAUGGUGGUUGUAGUUUGCGUCAGCAGUUGGUUUAUCCAUUGAAAGCUUUAUCUCUCGAAAAAGAAGCAGCUCGUUUAGCUCAAAUUCUGGAAUGGGUCAAAUUGGAACAUUUGUUACAGCGGUGUAAUGGUUUAGAUACACCGGUAAAGUGGGAUUGGUCCGAAACACUGUCACCUGGUGAACUGCAAAGGCUUUCAAUAGGUCGAGUGCUCUACCAUCGGCCACGGAUAGCAUUUUUGGAUGAAGCAACAAGUGCUAUUGGUUUUGAAAUGGAAAUGUCACUAUAUCGCUUGAUGAAAGAGGAGCGUAUCUCAUAUAUUUCAAUAGGACAUCGAUUUUCUCUGAAGCAAUAUCAUGAUAUGGAGUUACAUCUCAAUGGUCAUGGUGAAUGGACGCUGAAUGACAUUGAUUCAACGAAUAUUAGUAGCGGUCGUACUGCAAGUUUUAUCAAUCAUUCCAUGAAAAAUGUUUAA